GUUUAUAGUAAAGGAGACGUUGGUCAAAUUGACUUGUUUAUAUAGUAAAAGAAAGUAGAAUUUUUAAUGUUUCGACAGGAAAGGCUAACAUGUGAUAAAAAGAAUAUUACAUUUGUGACUUUCCACAUUGAAUUUAUUAAACUCGUUGAAUAAAAUUGAUAAAAUGCUCGGCAGAGCCUCGCAUUUUAUUAUUUUAUUCAACUCGUUUAAUAAAUUUAAUAUGAAAAGACACUCGUGUAAUAUCCUCUAUAUAAUCGUUUUGUUCGUUAUGCAAUAUUUCAUAUAACUUUUUGUUGUUUUCUGUAUUAAUUACAAUUAUAAUGGUGCUUGAGGACAUUGUGCAGUUUUGAAAAUAUUAUUUGAAGGUUAUCUAUAAAUACAAAAUUAGAUGACUUAAUAUUAUCAAAAAGAUUUUGUUACAUCUAUUCUUUGCAAAUACAAUUCCCACAUAUUGUAAUUUUCUAACUAAAUCUAAACGAUUUCAUAACUAUUUCUAUAUAUAAAAAAGAAAUGCAUUCAUUUAACCUAACCAGUAUUCCUGGUCUCUCCUUUUUUUCUGCUUCCGGUGGUGAAAGGAAUGGCCGCAUUUGUUUACACUGCUUAGCCAAAAUUACAAAAAAUCACGAAAUUUAGACGAACAACCUUAUAGACUGUCCUGAAAGGUAGUAUAAAGGAACUCUUGAUAUGUCCAGUAACUUUGAGAACAGCCAGGGAGCUUCCAGUCAGCCCAGUCAGAACAUAUUGACACAAAACCAGUACAGCGUGCUCGCUGACGUGGACGACGUGCAAAUGGCUACCCAGUCCCCACCCAUGCAAAAUGACAGUGUGUUUGAUAAUGAUGUAUUCAAACUAGUGAGGAACUCUAAACGUCCAAGAAUUGGUACUGGUAGUUCUGUGAAUAGUACCCAUAUGUCACUCCAGGAGUAUAAUUCGCUAACAAUUGAUGAAAAAAUGUCUGCUCUUUUUUCGGAGAUGUGUACUAGUCGGGUCAAAAUGGAGGACAUUGAUCAUAAACUUGACAGUAUUACACAGUUACAAGGCAAGGUCGAUGUUAUUGAAAGUCAGGUUUGCUAUCAUGCUGAUCGUUUGAAAUUCCUUGAAUAUAGGGCUUUACAUCUCGAAACAAAAAGUCGUAAAAACAAUUUGAUAUUUUAUGGUUUUGACGAACAAAAAGGUGAAAAUUGUAGAACCAGGAUUGUUGACUUUUUAGCUGAAAAUUUCGUUGAAGAGUGGCCUUUCCGUAUAGAACGAGCUUACAGGCUUGGUCCUUACGACUGAAGAAGAACUAGGGCCAUAUUUGUAACUUUUGAAAAUCAUUCUGAUGUUGAAUGGAUUCUUAGUAACGCGUAUCUGCUUAGUGGUAGUGAUAAAAGCAUCAAUAGGGACUAUCCUCAUGAAAUUGCAUGGGCGAGAAAGGAGCUAUGGGCCACAUAUAAGUCGAUCAGGAAAAAAUACCCUGAUAGCAAAACUGUACUCUAUGGUGGC